UUGUAGACAUACGAAUUUGUUUGUUUACACACAGUGUUCCGAUCAGUUGUUGUAUACGUUUUCAUUUUUCAGUAGUUCGAUUAGAAAUCUUCUCUAAGCUAACCAAAAUGAGUUCCAUUCAAUGUCAGCUAUGGAUGGGCAGUCUGGAAUCAUACAUGACGGAGAAUUUUAUACUCGCCGCCUUCCGGAAGAUGGGAGAGGAUCCACAAACUGUAAAAUUGAUGCGCAACAAAUAUACCGGUGACCCGGCUGGAUAUUGCUUUGUUAGUUUCAAAACUGACGAAGCGGCGAUUGAUGCGAUGCACAAGUUGAACGGAAAACCUAUCCCAGGUACGAAUCCAUUGGUUCGAUUCCGUUUGAACAGCGCUACUAACAACCAGAAUAAAGCAUUGCUCGCGGAUCGAGAAUUUAGCGUUUGGGUUGGAGAUCUUAGUUCCGACGUGGACGAUUACAGUUUGUAUCGGGUGUUCUCCGCAAAAUACACUUCAAUCAAGACAGCAAAAGUUAUUCUGGAUGGCUCAGGAUUUUCAAAGGGAUAUGGCUUUGUCAAGUUUGGUCUGGAAGACGAACAAAAGAGCGCGUUAUAUGAAAUGAAUGGGUUCAUUGGUUUGGGAAGCAAGCCACUGAAAAUUUGCAAUGCAGUUCCCAAGCCAAAAACUGAAACCAGCACGCCAGGAACAACAACGACUCCCAGCGCUGCAAGUCUACUUGGGUAUGGAACGGGCACCGAUUAUUCCCAAUACUACGAUCUGACGACGUACUGUCAGAACUACAGUGCUUGGCAAGGUUAUUACGACGCGUCUGCUUCCACAGACGCCUAUUCAGCCUAUCAGAUGGCACCUGCCACAACUCAAGCCGCAGUAGACCCUUCAGCCUAUGUGCAGCAAACCUAUGAACAACAACAGCAACAUCAUCAUCAUAACCAGGUAGAGGAUGAAGAGUUGACGCUGGUCGAUCACAAGUUUACGCUGGAUAUCGAUAAAAUGAACAGAGAUAUGAUGGAACGCGAUCGGAAUCUGUACGAUGCGCUGGAGAGUUCGAAGUGGAUGCCUGUGGAGCAGAUUGAAAUUUUCUGAAUACUUUUGUAUGCAUCUAAAAGAAAUAUACUAAUUGUUCGAAUGUA